ACUAAUGUUAUUUUGUUCAUACUAGAUUAACAAUAGAACCGGCAAUGUUUCGUAUAUGCAACAUGCGGCGUGUUGUUAAUGUUGGAAGACAGAGACACCUUAAACUGAGUACAAGUACGAGGAAGAGAGAAAGUGUAACCAACAACAGUUCAAACAUUAAAGACCCCGACAUCCUUAAAUGGAACAAAACCAUUUCUACUCACAUGCGCAAUGGCAACUGUGACUCUGCUCUACAUGUCUUCAACUCCAUGCCUCGUCGAAGCUCUGUCUCCUACAAUGCCAUGAUAUCUGGUUACUUGAGAAACUCCAAGUUCAACCUUGCACGGCAGCUGUUUGAUCAAAUGCCUGAAAGAGACCUGUUUUCAUGGAAUGUUAUGCUUACUGGCUAUGUUAGAAACCGUCGACUCGGUGAUGCACGUAGAUUGUUUGAUUUAAUGCCUGACAAGGAUGUUGUUUCCUGGAAUUCUUUGUUGUCUGGGUAUGCUCAGAAUGGAUAUGUUGAUGAGGCAAGGGAGGUUUUUGAUAAUAUGCCUGAGAAAAAUUCUAUCUCUUGGAAUGGUUUGCUUGCUGCUUAUGUUCAUAAUGGCAGAAUGGAGGAGGCUUGUCUGUUGUUUGAGUCAAAAUCGGAUUGGGAAUUGAUUUCUUGGAACUGUUUGAUGGGUGGGUUUGUUAGGAGAAAGAAGAUAGAUGAUGCUAGGCGGCUUUUUGACAAUAUGCCUUUUAGGGAUGCAAUUACAUGGAAUACUAUGAUUUCAGGUUAUGCUCAGGUUGGAGAUUUGUCGCAGGCUAGGAGAUUGUUUGACGAAUCUCCAAUACGGGACGUGUUCACGUGGACAGCUAUGGUGUCUGGGUAUGUGCAGAAUGGAAUGUUGGAUGAAGCUAGAAUUUUUUUUGAUGAUAUGCCUCAGAAAAAUGAAGUUUCAUACAAUGCAAUGCUUGCUGGUUAUGUGCAAUCCAAGAAAAUGGAUAUUGCUAGGGAAUUGUUUGAGGCUAUGCCUUGUCGGAAUAUAAGUUCGUGGAAUACCAUGAUUACAGGCUACUGUCAGAAUGGAGACAUUGCUCAGGCCAAAAAAUUGUUUGAUAUGAUGCCGCAGCGUGAUUGUGUAUCUUGGGCGGCUAUUAUUGCUGGUUAUGCUCAAAGCGGUCACUAUGAAGAGGCGCUGAACAUGUUUGUAGAGAUAAAACGAGAUGGAGAAAGUUUAAAUAGGGCUACAUUUGGUUGUGCUUUGAGCACAUGUGCUGAUCUUGCUGCUUUGGAGUUGGGGAAACAAAUUCAUGGGCAGACGGUGAAGACAGGGUAUGAAACUGGGUGUUUUGUAGGGAAUGCGCUUCUUGCAAUGUAUUUUAAAUGUGGCAGCAUAGACGAAGCUAAUGAUGCUUUUGAAGCAAUAGAGGAGAAAGAUGUCGUCUCUUGGAACACGAUGUUAGCUGGUUAUGCCAGACAUGGAUUUGGCAGACAAGCUUUAAUGAUAUUUGAGUCAAUGAAGACAGCAGGUGUUAAGCCUGAUGAGAUUACCAUGGUUGGUGUUCUCUCUGCCUGUAGUCAUACUGGCUUGCUAGACAAGGGAACUGAAUACUUCUAUUCAAUGAAUAAAGAUUAUGGUGUAACACCAACUUCAAAACAUUAUACUUGCAUGAUUGAUCUUCUGGGAAGAGCGGGCCGCUUGGAAGAAGCACAGGACUUGAUGAGAAACAUGCCUUUUGAGCCAGGUGCUGCUACAUGGGGAGCUCUACUUGGUGCAAGCCGGAUUCAUGGUAAUACUGAACUGGGGGAGAAGGCUGCUGAGAUGGUUUUUAAGAUGGAACCUCAGAACUCGGGAAUGUAUGUCCUUCUUUCAAAUCUAUAUGCAUCUUCGGGCAGAUGGGUCGAUGCUGAUAAUAUGAGAUUGAAGAUGAGAAAUGUUGGUGUGCAGAAAGUACCUGGCUAUAGUUGGGUUGAGGUACAAAACAAGAUUCAUACGUUCUCAGUUGGGGAUUGUUUCCAUCCAGAGAAAGAGAGAAUAUAUGGCUUCUUAGAAGAGUUGGAUCUAAAAAUGAGGGAAGAGGGAUAUGUUUCUUCAACAAAAUUGGUUCUGCAUGAUGUGGAAGAGGAAGAGAAGGAGCAUAUGCUCAAGUAUCACAGUGAAAAGUUAGCUGUAGCAUUCGGAAUUCUAACCAUACCAGCUGGCAGACCAAUACGCGUUAUGAAAAACUUGCGUGUGUGUGAAGACUGUCAUAGCGCCAUCAAGCUCAUAUCCAAGAUUGUUGGAAGGUUGAUAAUCUUAAGGGAUUCUCACCGUUUUCACCACUUCAACGAGGGUGUUUGUUCUUGUGGAGAUUAUUGGUAAAAUGGAGAGAUCACGGAUAUGGUAAAAAUUAAUACUUUCUGGGCCUAUUAUAUUGUCAUUGAAGAAGUGCUGAUAGCAGUGAGGAGUGCAGUCAUAUUCGGCCGGUUGAUAAUGAAAUUAGUGUCCAUGUGAAAUGAGGCGAUUGGAAAAUCUGAGUUACUAACUUGGACUACCUCAUACUGACCAAGAGGAGGUAUCAUCUGAUGAAAGUUUGAAUUCGAUAUAUAUCUUCAAAUUAUAUCAGAGAACACAAAUCGGUGAAAUUCAAAAGAUAGCAUGAAAUGUAUGAAGAGUACGCUGAAUUAUCAGAAUGCUAUACAAAUGCUCUUCAUAAGGUUUUGGCUCCUUGUCAAAGUCAUUGGUACACAAGAUACGAAAUAGGAAAAUGGGUGCAACAGCAACUUCUAACAAACCUAGGUGGCUACUCAUUGAUUGCAUCCCUAACAAUAUUAUGAAAUGCUUCACUUUUUUCUUAUGUAUUUGAAUUCAUUGCGGUAAUCCUGUUUUGUAUUUUUCCCAUACAAAAAUACUGUUUGAAAAUCUUCCAGGAAUGUCAUAAUAGUAUUACAUAUGGUUCUUAA